AUGGCUUCCAAGCAAAAAGGCCGCGGCCGCAAGCCCGAGGGAGCGCAGGCAGACUCGAAGGCGGAGGAGGAGGGCAAACAACGUGGCCAGGAGCCCGAGAAGAAUCGCGUCGUCGUCGUCAAAAUGGAGGAGCCGGACGUCGACGCCCAGCACACCAAGAACGAGGACCGCGACGAGAUCGACGACCUCCUCGACUACGUCUACGUCAAGUUGGAGGACCUCGAGCUCGAGGGCGAGAAGAUGGAGGAUCUUGCCGUCCCGGAGGCCGAGGAGAAUAAGGGCGGCGCUCCUCUCAAUGUGAAGAUGGAGGAGGAGGAGGAGAAAAAGAAGAAGAAGAAGAAGUCGAAGAAGAAGAACACCCAAACGGCCGAGACCAAGGGCGAGGCCGCCGCCUUGCCUGACGCUGAGACGAACAUCGCCCCUAACGCCAAGGACGCCGCCGCCGCCCCAAAGACCAAGAAAGAGAAGCAGGCCAAGGCCGAGGAGGACUUCUUCGCGAAAUGGAGCAAGUACUUUGGCAAGAGAGAGCUCGCCGACUGGCAGCGCCUCUGCUUGGAUCUCGGCCUGCCCGGCGACCUGCCCAGCAAGACCCAGUGCCGCAAGGUCAGCCAGCAUCCCCCCCCUCCCCUCCCCUCUCUCCGCCAGAAGACCCCAUCGCAAAGGACUCUUCGAGCUGACCUCGUUUCCCCUUCUGCGUUAUAA